AUGGAGGACCCGUGGAGCUCCCCCUGGACAACAGAACGCACCGCCCGAGACAACGCCCGCCUUCCGCCCGAGCCGAAGCAACCCGAUAUCCAGACCCCCCUGACGCCACGGUUUCUCACGCCGUGGAGUCGCGAUCCCGGGGAAGGCAGCGUCGACGGCGCCUGGCGAUCAUGGGACGAUGCAGACCCUGGCGGGGAUGCCAGUGCGACAUGGAGCGCGAGCCUGCCUUUGGGGCCAACAGGGCGCGAGCGGGCUACGGCUAGAUUGGCGUCUGCGGAUGCUUGGGGCUUGUCCCAAGGGGCGGCGAAUCACGCGGCCCGAGGCGAGGGGGCAGACUCGGCGGUCGGUGUGGGAGAGGAAGCGCUGCUGGGUGACGCCGCCUCGACUGUGAUGCCGCGUUCCGAGGGUGGGAGCGAUCCUCUGCAUCCUGCGGGGGCUGAAGACGGAGCGUGGGUUGAGGACGAGAAGCCGGAACCACCUGAGCGAGCGUUUGGUUCCAAGGGGGGCGGCGAGGCCAAUCGACAGGCUUGCGGGGUGCAGGAGCCGGCGGAAAAGUACAACGGCACGGACAAGGACACUUUGAUCUCGGGGCUGUCUCGGAUAGACGCGGCGGGCAAGCGUGACGUCGUUGAUCAGGUUGCUGCCGAGGACGACACAGACCUGCCUGCUGCGUCGCGAAGCGCCCCCGCGGCGGAACCGCCAGCGACGCCGCGCCCGGCCCGGUGUCCUAUCGACCUGUCACAGCUGGACGCGCUGUUCCCCGGCGUGCCAUGCUCCUCCAACGGCGAGCACCACGAACGCCCCCACGUCGCAGACGAGCACGCGUUCACGUCGGCCUCUCAACGGAGCGCGUGGCACCGCUUGUCCCGGCUCGGCUCUUUGCGCAGACACGGCAGCAGCCAAGGCGAGAACUACGUGCGCGUGUCGUGGGCCAACUCGCAGACCCGGAAGGACACCCUGCUCCAUGUCCGGCGGUGGAUGGGGGCACACCCGGCCGCAGGACCGGCUGCGUUGGGCGCUGCGAGAUGCGGGCGCGCAGGGGCGAGCCUGUUCAACUGGGACACGGGGGGGCCUUGCAUCAAGAUUGACGAACUACUGCUGGGGCGGAAGCAAGAGCAGAGCAGGUCUCGCGGCAGGCAGCUGUCGGCUGGGCUGGACGCGACGACGACGACGACGACGACGACGACGUCGCCGACCGCAGUAUCCUCGGGGUGGAGCGCCGGUGGCCCUGCGUCGGCGGUGCGUAAUGGCGUGGAAGAGUCUGGCCGGGCGCACGAGCAGCCGCCAGGCGAGCCGACUGGCGUGGAGGGAACGGCGAAUCGCGCCCCGGCAGAGACGGCCGACGAGCUAUCUGGUCGGGCUGACGACGACGACGACGACGACGACGACGACGAAGACGACUGGGGCGAAAUGGUGUCUUGUCCGAGAGAAGCGGACCCUCUCGGCCGCCCAGGCAUGCCGGCAGCGCGCGCCGGUGAAAGGAGCGAACACGGCCACCAGCCCGGGGGGUCGGGCGCGUCCGACAGCGGCGUCGUGGAGAGCAUUGUGCGCGGACUCCCGGAUCUUUCGUACAUGAUGAAGUAG